GAAAUGUUUUUUCCAUCUUUUUGGCUUCGAAAACAGAUAGAAACCGCACCAUGCAGCACAACACAGCAAGCAACCUAGCAUGGCCCCGUCCGAUCCCUCCCCAGCUGCAGAAAUCCAUUCCUCAUUAUCCUUAUCUCACUGCUGGAGGGUUUAUCCUCCACCGGCGGAACGGCCCGUCCGGAAUAUCAAGAAGAGAAGGGGGAAGUGCCAGGCAUUGUCCGGGGAGGGAAGCAGCGGCAAAUACAACAGCAAGGGCGAAGACAAGAAGGAACCACCGGAUAACAACCCGGAGCACAAACUCGAAAGGAACUCGGAGCCACAAGAAAUCACGAAGGCGCAGCCAAAAACGGAAUUCUGGCGGCAAAAGCAGCAACACUAUCAAUACACGUAUCCCUAUCAAGUCGGCGAUGCCGUGCUGAUGAUGGUUCCGCGAGCCACCACAGACAUACAAACAGAAACACAACUUCAAACGGUACCGAUGCCAGGACCAACCACCGACGCCGAGCAACCACCAACAAAGAGGCAAAAAAUAGACACUUCAAGAGACGAUCUUACCGUUGCCGAUAUUUCAGCAGAAAAAUUACCACGUGAGAGAGCGGCGGCCACUGUUGGAGGUAACAUCACUACCAACGGAAAUUGUGGCCAAUCCACUUCCAGCAACAGGAAUAGCAACAAUUACCUAGUAUCGGUACCGGGGAGGGUGGUUCGCAUCACAAGCGACGAAAAAAAGGGGAGGAUGGUGCAUGUGCAGCUUACGGAUCCGGUCGGCACCACCAGGGUUCUUUCUCCGAAAGAGCAACGAAAGAUCCUGCAGCCCAACCUGGCAGAGACUCCCGAGCAAUCUCCAACCGCAUCGAAGCCAACCAAGCGCACCACAAUCGUUCUCGUUGAGGAAACGCUCCCCUUUCGGAGGGUGGUUCGGUAUCAACUUCACAGCAAUGCCAUCGCCAGCGAUCGUGUCCUCGAAAUUGGGUGCUCGACCGGAGCUCUCUCCCAGCUGGUAUGGAAAAACCACCGCUAUGGUGCUCUUCGCAACGCAAACAAAAAUGACAAGGAAGGAGCGGGAGCCUCCUGGAUCGGGAUGGACCACUCGCAGGAAAUGAUCGACAAGUGCGCAGAGGCACUUGCGGCACACGAGUCUAGAGCUGUUCCGGGGGAAGAACCGCCCUAUUCGACAAAGCUCGUCCGGGUCGACGCACUGGCCGAGCCCCAGAGGGCGGUGCGGGAGGUAGGCCAUCCACCGACGGUGGUUCUGAUCGAUAUCGGUGGCAACCGGGAAUGCGGACCCGUCAUCCAAACCAUAUCCUGGGUCCUGGAAUCCUUUGGAAAAGUCACAUCCACGGCAACGCAAGGUUCCAGCCGCAAUCCCUCCCUCCGGAUGGUAAUAGUGAAGAGCCGAGCGCUCGUCCGGCGACUGCUUUCCGAGUGUUGUCCGACGGGUGUGGGAGGGGACCCCAGCCUCCACGCAAACGGGACACACCUGGAUUCUGCCAGGGGGCUGCUGUGGAACGGUUCCGAGUGGUUCUCCUCGGCCCUCGAGCGCGACGCCAAACAGCGGGUCGAAUCCGCAACGGUGCAGAACCGAUUCAAGCACCCGCUCCGAGCACCCAUGGCAUUGUCUCCGGUCGAUGGGAUUACCCCCAUCUGCCGCUACCACAACUACCACAGAGACGGAUGCCGGUGGUACAACAGCCUAAAGGACGAGGACGGUCUCACACCUGCGUGUAGCAUCGUUUCGGCCGAUGUCAAAAGCGGCAGUUGCCCGUUCGACCAUGACCAUUGCCACGCAUGCCUACAAAAAGGACAUAUCGCUAGGAAUUGUCCCUUGCUCGAGAAUCAGUCGUUCUAUUAGUUAGGUUGAUCGACAAACACAUGCAGACGUUGUAUAGGGACUACUUUUCUUAUGAUUACAACAUUGGUAUCAUUUCAUUCUAUGUCACCAUAGAAUAGAUCAAAAAUGAUAUUGUGGAAGUUAGGUGUUCGCUUUUGAGGAAUCUCGAAUGCUGUCGACGCACCGAUCUUCAUAAUGCAGGGAGACAACUGGGAUGAGUAGAAUCUUUGUUGCCAUCGGUGACAGUGGCUGCGACAAUCGCAGCAAAGGAUGAAAGAGUGGAAGUCGGCGAUAACUUUUGGUUUUUGAGAUGAUCCUCAAUCGUUGUCCACUCGAAGGAAGAAAUGCGAUCGAAUGGUUCUGCUGUGUUGAACUGAACCUUCAAAACGGCCGUCAUGAUGUUAAUCCUCUCCAUCGUAUAAAUCUUUGGGGGUGAGCUACGACUCACCGUAGCCUUCUCAAAAAUCAAUCUUACGUGAGCAUAACCAAUUCCGUUCUUACUAAUUGCGAUACUGUCCGUCCCGUUCUCGAUCUCGUACAGAAAGGUCGAGUCAGCCGGCGAAGAUGGUAACGGAAGCGACUGCGGUGAAGAUUUAUACUCAUCAACUACAACUGGCGUCUUCGGUCCAAACAUAGUUGAGGCAACACGCAUUCGUAAUUUUUCAUCCCAGUAUUUCAUGUGGGCGACUGCCAAGCUUCCGGCAGCACUGACGUCGUCGUGCACGUUGAUAGGAACGGCGGACUUCCGAACGUGAAAUUGAAAAUUGACCAGUGGAUCAACUACCGUGUUUUUCAAUGACGAUGUUAGCACUAAACUGUCUUCGGUAAUAUUGCCGUUUAGCAUGUCUUGGCGAACGGAGAGGAAUGCCUGCAAACACUUGAUGCGUUGAUCAUGAAGUUCUCUCGAUUUGAGAAACUGGUUCAAUUUGACUUCGCAUUGGAGUAGCUCGUUGUAGCGAGUCUUCUUGCGUAUUCUGUAAAGCACGAGACACAGAGCAGAAAAUUAAGAGAUGAGAGUACUAUUAUCCUACCGACUCCGAUCAUUUAUUGUCUUGACACUUCGUACCUAGUACUCUUUGCAUGCUGUCGGUUGCGAGUUCGGGUUAAUUCCUCCCGUUCAUUGUCGCUCAGAUCGUUUCGCUUCUUUCCACGUUGGUGUUGGGAUUUCAAGGCUGCCUGAACUUUAUCCAUACUUGCAGUAGACAAUUUUGGUCCCUUCUUAACGUUUCUCCGAGUAGGAGAGAGUGACGGAGCACGAAUACGAGUACCGAUGUUUCUGUUCUUUUCUAUUUCUGACGAUGACAUGAUGGUUGAGUUAACUGGGGAUGGAUGUCUCGUUGCUGGUGUUGUGCCAUGCAAUAUCGAUUUUGGUUCGAACAUAAAGUUACGGCUGUUUA